GGCCCAUGUCUCUCCAUAACCAUUCCUCCCAGUUAUAAAACCCUACCUGGGCAGGAUUAGGGUUUCCUCUGCAACAAGCAGUUCAGUUUGGGAAGAGCUCGCCGUCCGUUUGUUGCCGCAUCCGUCUGCCCUUGCCUCUUCCUCUUCGCAAUCAUGAUUAUUCCAGAGAAAAAUCGACGCGAGAUCUCCAAGUACCUCUUCCAAGAGGGGGUAUGUUAUGCCAAGAAGGAUUACAAUCUUCCAAAGCACCCGGAGAUUGAUGUCCCGAACUUGCAGGUGAUAAAGCUGAUGCAGAGCUUUAAGUCUAAGGAGUAUGUCCGGGAGACCUUUGCCUGGAUGCACUACUACUGGUACCUUACCAAUGAUGGGAUUGAGUUCCUGAGAACUUACCUCAACCUUCCUUCUGAGAUUGUUCCUGCCACCUUGAAGAAACAAGCCAAGCCUGCUGGAAGACCCUUGGGUGGCCCCCCUGGCGAUCGUCCCCGCGGCCCACCACGCUUUGACGGAGAACGACGAUUUGGUGACCGUGAGGGAUACCGUGGAGGUCCUCGUGGACCUGGCGGUGACUUUGGUGACAAGGGUGGAGCCCCUGCUGACUACAGACCUUCAUUCGGGGGUCCUGGUGGAAGGACCGGCUUUGGCCGAGGAGGUGGCGGCUUUGGUGCUGGAUCAGCAAGCUCGGACCUUCCUUGAGGGUUUUUCAUGCUGAGUGGGCGCUUUUAUGAAGUUUUGUUCUUUGAAGGCAGAGAACAUGAAAUCUGUUUUCCUAGCUCUAUCACAUCAUCAGAUUGUUAUCACUAGUUAAUUCGCCCUUUUUUUCUAUUCGACUUGGUGGAUUGGAGUUCCGUUCCUGGACUGAUUUUGAUUUUAGUUUACCAUCAAAUCUUUCCUUAAUGGUCUCAUGUCAA